AGGACGCGUUCAUUCCAUUUGAAUGCCAAAACAACCUGUUCGAUUCAUGUGUAUAACAUGUCCACAUGCAAAUGGAGAUGGAAUUGUUAAAUUUCAGGCUUUCAAUUCAGACAAUUUAGAUCACAUCAUGCCGUGGUCAGUAUAGUGUAAUGGGCAAUCUUCCAUUGCAGCGUUUGUCUCGUCUGGUUAGAUUCCCCCGUUCAAGGGAACGUGGUGACGAUUCCUCCCCUGAUAGCAGAUGCAUAAUCAACGACGAGUUUUGGCAAUAUGGAAAUUUUAUGGAUGAAGCGACGAUCCAGUUCCUACCUGACCAAAUAUUACUUCAAAUAUUAUUGUAUCUGAAAUUAAGAGAACUGAUUAUUGCGUCCGCUGUUUGCAAAAGAUGGCAUAGAUUGUGCUAUGAUUCACGUUUAUGGGUAAAUCUUGAUCUUUCACAGGAUAUGCAUACUAAAAAAGUGAACAAUAAAUCAGUGAAAUAUAUCUUGAGAAGAACAACAAGCAUCCGCGAGAUCAACUUGUCUGGGAGAAAGUGUCGUAACGUUGGAAACCGUAGUUUGACGUAUAUUUCACGUUAUUGUCCACAGUUGAAAAAUCUCAAUGUUGCAAGUAGAAAAACAAUUCUCGAUAAGGGAAUGAAAGAAAUCGUUCAAGCGUGUCCCAAAUUGGAACAUAUAAAUAUGGAAGGAUGUACUAGGAUUUCAAAUGCCUCUCUUAUUUACAUUGGAAAGAAUUGUCCUAAUCUUAAGAGCAUAAAUCUAGGACGAUGCAAACUAGUGCAAGACUUUGGUUUGGAAGCCUUGUUAGUGAAGAAUUGUAAGAGCAUAACUACGAUAAGUCUUGAGAGUUGUCACCAGGUCACAGAUCAAGGCUUGAGAAUUAUUGCCGAGAAUUGUGUACUUUUGAAAUGCAUCAAUCUCAAAAAAAUGCGACGUAUAACGAACUCUGGCGUACGCGAAUUCUUAGAAAAAGUUCCUAUAUUAGAGUUGUCAGUCGGUUUAAUGAGAACAGGCGGAGUAACCGAUGCCAUAUUUUACAUUAUUUCCAGACAAUGUCCUCAGUUGGAGAUGUUUGAAUUCGAACAUUUUGCAAGAUAUGAAGUGGAUGGAUGUGUUUUAAGACUGGCCGAAGGAUGCAGAAGUCUCACUCGGCUAUAUUUAUAUCGAUGUUACCCUCUUUCGGACAUGACCUUGAUGAGAAUCACUCAGAUAUGCCCCAAAUUAUCUGAUAUUCAUUUAUUUCCAGAGUCUUUUUUCCCUGCUUAAACAAAGGCCGUGUUAAUCAAGUCCUUUUUCUAAACUGUCUAAUGGAGUAUACAAUGACGGUAAAGAACAAUGUUUGAUUUCGACAUCUUAGGGGAAGAAGCUAUUAAACUGGUUUGAAUUUAAAGUUGAAUUACUCUCGCUCCUUCCUUACCCCAAAGCUCUGGUUAGCUGCAUUCAGUUUUAAACUUUGUUAGUGAAUUGCAAUACAAUCUCAGUUGAAAAAGAUCGGCGUCCACUUCUCUCCUUGCCCCUCCCCCCUCCCCCGUCCCCUCGUAAGCUGGCAAGAUGGACAGCUGGUCUCUUUAGUUCCGGAUAAUUCGGAAGAAGAAAAGUAAAAAAAACCAGACUUAAUUAUCAUUAAUUCGAUAAGGAGAUUCGAGAUUCAAUGAAGCAAUGAAAAAACUUCGCAGCAGGCUUUCAUGGUACUGCUCAGUCUACUCUUUACGGAUUGGACAAUAUACUGAAUAUAGAUAAUAUAUUAAUAUAAUUUUCAUACAAAUAGAUACUAUUACAGUACUACUAACGUACGCUAAGCAGGUCAUCUCGCUUUCGUAUUUUAGCCCAUCAUCAGCGCUCAGAAGGGUUGUCGAGAUAGAUAUCUAUUCGGCAGUAUUCAGUAAUCGGUUUUUAUUCUUUUGAUGGAAGUGGUCAAGAGUUUUUAAGUUGUUUUAGGCUUUUAGCCGCCGUUUCAGCCGGAGAAACGGAUUUUUAUUUGACAACUAGUGCCAGUACUUUCUCGCCAUUCACCUGGAA